UGGGCUGCGAGGGAAGGAGGCGGCGCCCAGUGGUUGCCCGGAUCCCUUUAAAAGCUCGGGCUGCAGCGGCGCUGGCACAGUGUCUGGAAGCAAGUGUAGCACCAGCAGCGCCUCCCUUGUGCCGGCGUGUGCGGGGGCGCGCUGCUGGCCCCAGCCCGGACCUGUCCCUGCCUCCCUUUCCAUGCGCCUGCCGACCAUGUCCAACAACUUCCUGCUCGCGCCCAUCCUAGAGUGCUCCUCGCCCUGCUUCCAGAGCCGGGACAUCAAGCUGGCGGUGCUGGGCGCCGGCAGCGUGGGCAAAAGCGCUAUGAUUGUUCGAUUCCUAACAAAGAGAUUUAUUGGAGACUAUGAACCCAAUACAGGAAACUUGUAUUCAAGACUUGUUCAUGUAGAGGGAGACCAAGUUUCCAUACAGAUUCAAGACACGCCAGGAUUUAUUCAGGUGCAAGAAGGCUUUGUACAGGUAUUGGACUCUCUUUCUAGAUGCGCGAAGUGGGCAGAGGGCUUUCUCUUGGUUUAUUCUAUCACCGACUACAGUAGCUACCAGUUUAUUCGCCCUCUCUAUCAGCACAUACGCAAAGUUCAUCCAGAUUCUAAGAUACCCAUUGUUAUUGUGGGAAACAAAGGGGAUCUCCUCCAUGCGAGGCAGGUACAGACUGAUGAGGGGAUACAGCUAGCUAACGAACUGGGCAGUGUGUUUUUAGAAAUCUCUACCAGUGAAAAUUACCAUGGGGUGUAUGAUGUUUUUCAGUAUCUUUGCAAGGAGGUUAGCAAACUACACAACCACAGCAGCUCUGGCGACAGAAGGAGAUCAUCCAUCAUACCUCGACCCAAAUCUCCUAACAUGCAAGAUCUGAAGAGACGUUUCAAACAGGCAUUAUCUUCCAAAGUCAAAUAAACCCCAACACGGACUCAUGUGCAACUAAAUGGACUUAUUUUUAUAAACUGAGUUUUAAAUAAUAUUUAUUUUUGUACUCAUGCCACUGUGCAGAUGGGUGGAAAUAUGCAAUUUUAUUUUUUUUGCAAUUUUCUGUUUUGUAAGAAUUACUGUGCUGUAAGAAACUGGAUUUCACUAGUGGUUGAAGGGGGGAUAAAGCUAGAAGUUAUGGGUUCUAGUCCUGUUUUAAACAGUGACUUGCUGUUUAACCUAGGCCAUGUUGCUGCAUCUGUGCCUCCAUUUUUCCUAUCUAAAAUGGGGAUGAGACUGUAACAUCUUUUUUUUGUCAAGUGCUGUGAGAUCCUUGGCUGAUGAAUUUUACAUAUGUAGAAAGUGUUAUUAAAGGGG